AGAGAGUUUCUACCUCUGCGAAGACUGCGCAGGCUAACGGCGCACUCCCGCCAUCUUUCUCGGAAACGGCGUAAGUGCGGUUCGUGAAUGGGCUGAGCUGUAGUUCCCGAACGUAAACCCUGCGCAGGAUUUUUUUGGUACCGAGCGGAGAGGAGAUGCACACGGCACUCGAGUGAGGGGACCAAUAACGAGGACACAAUGCGAGUGCACGUACACACCAAAUUCUGCUUCCUGUGCGUUCUCACCUUCAUCUUCCAUCACUGCAACCAUUGCCACGCGGACGGACAUGACCACUCAACCGCCGGACAUCAGCACAUCGACCUGCAGAUCUCUGAGGCUCCGUAUGUCCGAGCCACCACCGAGUCCAACGCUCAAGAAGGGGGACCUCUAGAGGAAGAGCAGCGUUUCUACAUCCAGCAGCUGUUCAGGCGCUACGGACAGAAAGACCGAUUAGACUUCCAUGGUUUCCAGAGUCUCCUGAUGAGUCUGGGUUUAGGGGARGUGAAGUUGGUAGGCGUGGAUCAUGAGGAUCUGGGUCAUGACCAUGUAGCCCACCUUGACCUGCUGGACGUUCAGGAAGGGCUUCACUCACACUCAUCCUCUAGCGACGACCACAAUCAUGACCAUCACGACCACAAUCAUGAUCAUCACACUCAUGACCAUCAUGAUCACAGUCAUGACCAUCAUGACCACAAGCCCCGUCCUCCACAAACGCAGGAGGUUCCCACACGAUGCAGCCACACCACUGCUUCCAGUCCGCCUCCUGGUGAGCCGAGUGGGAACCAGGAACAUUCUGAUCAUGAUACACAUGAUGACGACCACCCACAGCAGMAAACAGAGGUACAGAGCRGCCGCAAACAUCUCACCUCUGUGCAUCAGGGCCACAGAARCCACAGCCAUGACCGACACAAUCACACCGAUGGACAGCUGGAGCCGCCGGUCGGUCCGACGCAGAAUCCAGCCAGGAGGACCAGGAGGCCUGGAAAGGUCAGAGGUCAGCGGAGACCCAGCAAGUUACCCACACCUGAAACACCCCAACCUGGGGGUCAUGACCACGAACACGGCCAUGACCACGAACACAGCCAUGACCACGAACACGGCCAUGAUGGUGGUCAUGACCACGACCACGGCCAUGAUGGUGGUCAUGACCACGACCAUGCUCACCCUCAUAAAGACAAGAGAGAGGCUCCAGGUGUGGCUGCUGUGGUUGCAGCCUCACCRGUGCUUACAGAGCAUCCAGGUGGAAUGASRCACCARCAUGAGGAGUGUUUGAACCUGACUCAGCUCCUCACCUACUACGGCCUGCAUCCCGACUCGGUCAUCUCCCCCAGCGAGUUCACCUACCUGUGCCCCGCCCUGCUCUACCAGAUAGACAGCCGCGUCUGCAUCCGCCAUUACCAUCAGAUGGAGGUGGAGCAGGAAGCCUUGCAGCCCAUCAGUUCUGGGUGGGUGUGGCUCUGGGGCUUCGUCUCCAUCACCAUCAUCAGCCUGCUGUCCCUUUUGGGGGUCGUUCUCGUCCCCAUCCUCAAGCAGUCCUGCUUCAAGUUCCUGCUCACCUUCCUGGUGGCGCUGGCGGUGGGAACGCUCAGCGGAGACGCUCUGCUUCAUCUGCUGCCUCAYUCUCGGGGCCAACACGACCACAGCCAGCACGGCGCCGGCGCCGACGCCGAUCUGUUCACGGCCUUCGACGGCGUGUGGAAGGGCCUGACCGCGCUGGCCGGCAUCUACCUCCUCUUCAUCAUCGAGCAUUGCAUCGGCAUGUUCAAGCACUACAGAGACCAGAAGGAGCUGAGGAGGCAGCAGCAGGAGAGGAACAUCGGCAGGAAGCUGUCGGACCAUCAGCUGAGCCGCCGCUCCGACGCAGAAUGGCUGAACCUGAAGCCGCUGGGAGAAGACCCGGAGAGCUCCGCCGUUUCCUGCGACAACGCGCACAACGACACGCAGCUCAGCGAGCUGCAGCCGCCCGACUCCCCCACCACCAAGACGCCGCUGGCGCCCGGCGCGGACGGAGGCCGCAAGGCCCGCAAGCACGGACACGGACACGGACACGGACACGGAGGGAACUGCCACUCGGACCAGGAGAUGAAGGACGCCGGCAUCGCCAGCAUCGCCUGGAUGGUCAUCAUGGGGGACGGCAUGCACAACCUCAGCGACGGCCUGGCCAUCGGCGCGGCGUUCAGCUCCAACAUAACGGGAGGCAUCAGCACGUCUGUGGCCGUCUUCUGCCAUGAACUACCUCAUGAACUCGGGGACUUUGCGGUCCUGCUGAAGGCCGGCAUGUCGGUGAAGCAGGCCAUCGUCUACAACCUGCUGUCCGCCCUCAUGGCGUACGUCGGCAUGGUGAUCGGCACCGCCGUGGGCCAGUACACGCACAACGUCACCAACUGGAUCUUCGCCAUCACCGCCGGCAUGUUCCUCUACGUGGCGCUGGUGGACAUGCUGCCGGAGAUGCUGCACGGCGACAGCGAGGAGCACAAGCGCUGCCACCUGGGCCACUUCAUCCUGCAGAACGUCGGCAUGCUGACCGGCUUCGCCAUCAUGCUGCUAAUCGCCAUCUUUGAGGACCGCAUCGUGUUCGACUUCGGCUUCUAGCAACCGGAUGCGCCUGCGUCCGUCCUGCAUGCGCUCCGUUCGUCUGCGUGUCGCGUCGUGCUGCUGGCGAUGUUUACGAAGCACAACGCCCAUCCGCGUCGUCGUCUUGUCCUUUGUCCAGUCCCACCUGCUGAUGUCAUCACGCCGCGUCCUGACGGGAACAGAAGCAUUCCUCCGCACAAUAUGUCGUGUUUUUGUGUCGUCUGGGUCCCUAGGGAACCUGGAUCGGUAGAGUAGCCGCCAAACAGGGCUGGGCGAUAAAUCCGAUUCACCCGAGUCGGAUUCUUGGUUUAUGAAGAGUUGUUUUCUUUUUUUUUUUUUGUUUUUGGAAAAUCUGUAUUUUUUUUAUUUCACCAGAGUUCAGCGGGCAUUUUGUUUCAAAAGCAUUUUUUACAGCUUCUGUUUAUCUGGACUUUAUUUGGAAUUCAGGUCAACUCUACGGAGAAACAUAACGGCCAGACCACGAUUUUAUUUUUAAAUUAUGAGAACAAAUAUGUACGAUAAUAGUUAAAUAAUACAAUAAAGACGCAAUAUUACAAGAAUAAACAUCUUGAGAAGUUAUACUUUUGUAUCAGUAAAAGAAAUACUUCAUUUUUUAACUCGGCAUCAAAUUAUUAUCAGUAGCAGGACUUUCAAUCAUGCUACUGAGUUUAUUUCAAAUAAAGGACAAAAUGAACUUGAUAACGUUAAAAGCUUUUUUCUGGAAAUUUUAAGAAGUUUUUCUGGUAAAAUUGUGUCUUUAUCUGCUAGUAUAACUUUAUUUUCAAAGCCCGGCUGAGCAAAAAAAAAAAAAUCUGUAAAACUUGGAUCUGGUAUGAAGAAAAAGUCGCGUUUAUUUUGGCGUUGUGUCGCCCAGCCCUGCUGCCAAAGCCUGUUAGCUUUAGCAUGUCCAGCUGUCCGCCAUGUUUCUGAAAGGAUCCAAUGAUCUGGAGCCAAACUGCAACGAUUUCCGCGUCAGACAUUCAUGUUUUAAUUAGAGCUACGGAGCUACAUAAAAGCCAUAAAGUUUGCACCAAAAAAAAAAAAAGAAGUCGAAAAGAAAUUAAUUUUGAAUCAGAAAAAUUAA